AUGUCUUCGCAAAUCCCCCGUCCCGCUUCGACUACCACGAACUCGUCGACCUCGACUUCGUCUACCUCGACUACCCGGCAGUUCUCGGGCAGCAUGGACGCUUACACCCUCUCCAUGUACGAGCAUACGCAGCGCCUUAUGGCCGCGGCACAGAUCCCGUACACCAGCCCCCUCAGCAUCACGUCUCCCGGCGAGCGAACGCCCUCCGGAACCAGCUCCGUGGUUGUGAGGAACGGUGUCCCGCAACUUCAGUCCGGCAGCCUUCCUGCUUUCGACCUUGAAAAUGCGCAUUCCCUUAUUCUUUGGUCGAUCCUAGCCGAAGCCCAAGCAACUGACGAAGUCACGAUCAUACCGCGGUCCCUUCCCGAACGCUUUACGAAGAUCAUCUGCUCCUCGCCAUACCCUUGA